CAAAAACCUUGGUGUGUGGAGGGUGUGUGUGUGUGUGUCUGAAACAUGUCGCUCAAGGAUCCGUUGUGGUUGGGUGAGAAUGAGGACAAGAUCCAGUACCACAACUUUGUGCAGCGGUGGAUGGACUUCCGCAAACACACCAUCCGGCAGCGGCUGAGGGAGGGGGAGCGGCGGCAGGGCUACACGUGGGCGCAGCUGCACAACUACAAAGAGGACUACUGCCUGCCGAAGCUCCCACCCGACAUGCCGGUCACUGCCGUGCCGCAGGUGGCCACCUGUGAGCUCUACUUCAACUGGGUCGACCGCUGCGUCACCCAGGGCAUCCUCAACAUGAGAGCCAGAUGGCCACUCGCCAGACUCCAAAUCUGCAAACCAAACUGGGUCAGUCAAGAAGGGGAAGGAGAGAGACCAUCUUGUGGUGGGACUGCCGCUUCCUCUGUGUGUGUCAGACGCUGCUGCGCCGCUGCUGCAAGCGCCGGGAUGCGGCCAUCUUGCAGGCUGUCGAGCAGUGGGAGGCAGACCACGUCAAGAGACUCUCACCCCAAUACCAGUACGCACCAAACGACAGUACUCUCACAAGAGAGGUGCAGCACUGAUUUGUAUUGGGUGGGUGUUUCAUUCAGGCAGGAGUACGUUGACGACUUGGACCAGAAACUGCGCUACCUGUCGGUACGACGACACCUGCAUAUCACACCUGACCUUCCGCCCAUUGAAACGCAUCGCUGCUCUUUGCCACUCGUCUGUCUGUCUGUCUGGCAGUACAUCGAUGCCCGCACACAAGACGAGCUGGACCUCCUCAGGUGGGUACCUCAGUGACACAACAAAAGGCCGAGCGUGUGAAGGCGCCUCCCUCAUUGUCAGGUUGUGUGUGUGAAUGUAUGCAGGUUGAAGCGUGACGUGGAGGAUUUGAAGCGUCGCGCCAAGUAUUUGGUCAAGAAGACCAGGCUGACCCCGAGCCCCUACCUGGCGUACCAACACCCAGAGGACAUACCCUACUACAUCAGUAAGACCACCCACUGCCAACUGCCCCUGCCUGUCCUCAUCAACAUGUUGCUCUGCCGCGGUUGCAACUGUGUGUGUGUGUGUGUGUGUGCUGCAGAGGAGGGAGGCGACAUGCCGAUACCCCGACAGACGACGCUGGGAUGAGAGAAGUGAGUGCGGAAGCAAG